AUGAGUACCGACCCCGUGCGCGUGCAAACGCGUCUCACAAAAGAGAGCGGCCCCAAGAUCUCAGGCGCCGCCAGUUCGCUCAAGAUUGGCGGCCCCUUCACCGUCACGCCGACGCCGCCGUUCGUCUCCGCUCGAGUGGCCGUGUACGACCGUAUUAUGGCCAAUCAGAAGCAGCAAAUCGAGGCGCUGGCCGCUCAAGAGACGCCGAUCCGGAUCACGCUCCCGGAUGGUGCAACGAAGGAUGGAAUCGCGUGGCAAACGACGCCGCUGGACGUGGCGCUCGCGAUCUCGCAGAGUCUCGCGGACCAAGUGGUGGUGGCUCGUGUCACGUAUCAUGGGAAGCCGGAGGACCCCUUCAGUGUCGCGACGGCCGACGUGGACGGCAACGAAGCCAGUGACAAAGCGGCUCCGGAUUCCUGCUGCAGUGCUGUGGCUGGCUCGUCGUCCGAGCUCUGGGACGUCUUUCGUCCGCUUUUGGGCGACUGUCGCCUGGAACUGCUCAAGUUUGACGACCACGACGGCCGGAUGGUCUUUUGGCACUCGAGUGCUCAUAUCUUGGGCGAGAGCUUAGAAACGCUCAAGGGCGCGCACUUGACGAUCGGUCCUCCUAUCGAGGGAGGGUUUUACUAUGACUCGUACAUGGGCACGCACACGGUGCUCGAGAGUGACUUGAGUGUCAUUGAAAAAGCCUGUCAGAAGGUCGUGAAGGACAAGCAAAAGUUUGAACGCAUCGUGUUGACGAAAGAAGAAGCGCUCGAGAUGUUUGCAGACAAUGUGUUCAAGACGCAAAUUAUUGCCACCAAGAUCCCUGACGGUGCCAAGACCACGGCCUACCGAUGUGGCCCGCUCAUUGACCUCUGUCGUGGACCACAUGUUCCCCACACGGGCAAAAUUAAGGCCCUUGCUGUCACGCGCUCUUCGAGCUCGUACUGGCUCGGAAAGACUUCGAGCGACGUGUUGCAGCGUGUGUACGGCAUUUCGUUUCCCGACAAGAACAAAAUGAAAGAAUGGAAGUAUCUUCAGGCCGAGGCUGCGAAGCGUGACCACCGCCGUCUCGGUAUGAGCGAGGAGCUUUUCUUUUUCCACUCACUGAGCCCUGGGAGCGGUUUCUGGCUACCACACGGUUCAGCCAUUUACUUUAAGCUGCUCAAGUUCAUUCGAGAACAGUAUCGCGAGCGAGGGUACACCGAAGUCAUUACGCCCAACAUUUUCAACAUGGAGUUGUGGAACAUUUCGGGCCACGCUCAGCACUACAAGGAAAACAUGUUUGUGUUCGACGUGGAGGGACAGGAGUAUGCACUGAAGCCCAUGAACUGCCCAGCAGCAUCGCUCAUGUUCGACUUCCGUCAGCGCUCUUACCGUGAGCUGCCUAUUCGUUUGGCGGACUGCGGCGUGCUACACCGUAACGAGAUGAGUGGUGCCCUCACAGGCCUCACACGUGUGCGUCGCUUCCAGCAAGACGAUGCGCACAUUUUUUGUCGCGAUGAUCAGAUUAAGAAAGAAGUGCUGGAUUUUCUGACGUUUAUGAAGUACGUGUACGACGUCUUUGGUAUUGAGUUCAAGCUGGAGCUAUCCACGCGCCCUGAGAAGGCUAUGGGCGAGUUGGAACAGUGGGAACGCGCUGAGAAGCAGCUUGCUGAGGCUCUGGACGAGUUUGUUGGCACUGGCAAAUGGGUGGUCAACCCAGGUGAUGGCGCUUUCUACGGCCCAAAAAUUGACAUUAUGAUUACGGAUGCACUGAAGCGUCAACACCAGUGCGCCACGGUACAGCUCGACUUCCAGCUGCCCAUCCGUUUCAACUUGAAGUACCGCACGGAUGACGCAGAGAAUUUCAAGCGUCCGGUGAUCAUUCACCGUGCCAUCUAUGGUUCGCUUGAACGAUUUGUUGCUGUUUUAGUGGAGCACUAUGCCGGCAAGUUUCCAUUCUGGUUGUCACCGCGUCAGAUUCUUAUAGUCACGGUAGGCGCCGCCUUCAUCGACUACGGUUACGAGGUCAAGGACGUACUGUUCCGCGCCGGUUUUGACGUGGAUAUCGAUGACACUGGCAAGACACUGAACAAAAAGAUCCGCGAGGGUCAGAUGGCCCACUACAACUCCAUUUUAGUUGUGGGCGCACAGGAGCAGGAAGCGCGGUCUGUCAAUAUUCGUACGCGUGACAACAAGGUGAGGGGUACAAAGACGCUCGAGGAGGCAAUCGCCAUGUUCAAGAAUCUGGAGGCGACCAAGGCAGCCGACGAGUAA